AUGGCCGCGGCCGGCGACGGCGGCGAGUCCCACUGCCGGGACGCGCUCCGCGAGGCCUUCGGUGAUUCGUCGGGCAGCGACUCCGACACACCGGCCGGUGUCAGCCCCGGAGCGGGCCGCGGGCACUGGAGGUGGGAGGCGGUGGUUGGGGUCAGGGGACUGUGGCUGUGCGCUGCCUUCCUCUCCGCCGACGAGCAGGCGCGCCUCCUAAAUGCGAUCCAGCAAGAAGGAUGGUUUGUUGAUGCAAACAACCAAGCAAUGAGAUUUGGCGAUCUCCCUUCAUGGGCUGUUGAGCUUUCUGCACUUAUCCGUGAAGCUAUCUGUGUUGGUGACGCCAGUGUUGGUCUUGAUGCAGAGGUGACAAACGAGGAUGAAGAUGCAUGUCCUCUUCCAUCAGAUUUGUUGUGGCGGGAGCCAUUUUUCGAUCAGAUGAUUGCAAACAGAUACAGGCCAGGUGAGGGUAUCUGUGCUCAUGUUGAUCUGAUGCGCUUUGACGAUGGGAUUGCAAUAGUCUCUCUUGAGUCAGCUUGUGUGAUGCACUUCAGUCAAGCAGAACCAACAAGCGGAAGCGCGGGCUCUGACACCCUGAAGCAAGGGGGUGGUGAAUCUUCGAAGGUCCCCGUUUUGCUGAACCCAGGCUCCCUUGUUCUCAUGUUUGGCGAUGCAAGGUAUCUCUGGAAGCAUGAGAUCGACCGCAAACCAGGCAGACAGCUUUGGGAUGGCAGGGAACUUGAGCAGCACAGAAGAACUUCCAUUACACUGAGAAAGCUCCUGCCUUGUACAGACUAA